AUGACGACCGAGGAGGAGGAGGGACCUGUCGGUGCCACGCCCACUGCAUCAUCACCGCGCGUCACAGCGUCACAGCUGCCCCGGGGCGACUGCGGCACACAUGGCGUCACUUCCUCCUCCGGCAGAAGACUGCACCAGAGACCCCACACCGAGGAGGAGGACAUCGAGGAUGACGGUCCGGAUGAGCGAAUACCAGAAGAGGACGGUCGGAUACAGGAAGUGGAAGGUCGGAUACAGGAAGUGGACAGUCGGAUACAGGAAGUUGACGGUCGGAUACAGGAAGUGGAGGAUGUCGGAGGCUGCGAGGCAGACAGCAGCAGCAGUGAGGACGACUCCAGCGACGCCAGUGUGUUGGUGGUGCCGUACCCAGAGCUGGUGCCUGUGGUCUUCUUCUGUAUGAAGCAGACCACGUGUCCGCGGAGUCUCUGCAUCCGCAUGGUCUGCAACCCAUAUCCUUUCACUGCACUGGGGGAAGGGCCACCAGGGUAA